AUGGCCGCGUACACGGCGGCGCCGCCCAAGGGGGGCCUCGACACCUGCUACGAUUUCGCCGGCGCUUUCUUCGUGGUGCCGCCGAGAGUGGAGCUGGUGCUGGAGUGGGGGAACGUCCUGGAGCUGGACCGGUCGGGGGUCCUCUUCGCAUCUCCCCCGGUCCUCUUCCACGACUGCCUCGCCUUCGCGCCCAACAGCGACGACCGCAUGCCGGGGAUCCUCGGCAACGUGCAGCAGCUGACGAUGGAGGUGCUCUACGACGUCGCCGGCGGGGCCGUGGGGUUCCGCCGCGGCGCGUGCUGA